AUGGUUCGGCAUAUUCUUUCUUGGCUUUGGGCCAUUCCUGCCCUGGCCCAAGUUCAACUUCACAGCGUUCAUCCUCAAGGACACGACGAGAUCACCUAUAGUUUCAAUGUCCCUGAUAAUACUUCUCAGUCGGGCUCGGGUCCCAUAUACUUCCAGAUACACUCUACUCGCCAAGUGCAGUGGUUUGCCUUGGGUCAAGGAAUGCAAAUGGCAGGCGCCAACAUGUUCGUCGUGUACACGUCUGGCAACAAUGUCACCGUUUCUCCGCGGUCGGGCAUCGGGGAAAUCGAACCGUUGUAUAACAAGGACGCCCAAAUCACAAUUCUGAAUGGCAGUGGUGUGCACGAUGGAGUCAUCACUGCCAAUGUCCGAUGCGAUACCUGCCUAAAAUGGAAUGGAGGAACAGAAAAUGUGAACAGCUCCUCAAGUCCGUGGAUUUGGGCCGUUAAAUAUGGAGACUCCCUGAAUUCGGUCAGUUUGUCUGAGAGCAUCACCCAACAUGAUGAUCACGGGGUCAUGACCAUCGACCUGAAAGAAGCGACGGGCGGCAGCUCAGCGGAUCCUUUCGCCCAAAUGGCCCGAGCACCCGUCUCCUCCAGUGAAGAGGAUCCGGGCUUCGCGGCUUUCCGAAGCACAGUCAAGAGGAAAAAGACAGCUCAUGCUGUGCUCAUGAUUGUGGCUUUUGUGGUCAUGUUCCCUUCCUUCGCGCUCGGACUUCAUAUUUUUCCAUCGAAAUGGACGGUGAACAUUCACGGGACGUUCCAAGUCUUCACCCUGGCCGUGGUAACUGCAGGCUUUGGAGUUGGUAUUUCUCUAGCACGGCAGAUUGAAUUGAUCGAUUCUUACCAUACCAUCAUUGGGAUGAUCAUUGUACCAUGUCUUAUUCUUUUUCAGCCUGCUAUGGGCCUGUUACAGCACCGAUUCUUCCGGAAGACGGGUGGUAAAGGACCUUUCGCUUAUAUGCAUCGCUGGUUUGGACGGUUGAUGAUCAUCCUGGGUAUCAUCAAUGUUGGGCUUGGGUUUAAGCUUGCGAAGGCACCGCGUGGGGCGAUCAUUGCAACUAGUGUUGUUGCUGGUGUUGUUGCGAUGGUUUAUGUUGUGAUUAUCAGUUGGACUGGAAGACCGAGGAGACGCGAUUUUGUGGCAUUGACUCCCACUGUCCUUCACACUCUAAUCAGUCACUACCUGAAUCGCAAAUCGCUACAUAACAAACCCAGUGUUCACAUUACCUACGAUGAGGGCAUCCAGAUUGUUCGUCAAUUCCUAUUCUAUGCAUCCAAGCACCCUGUCGAAGACCUCCAGGCAUUCACGCGCCAAUGGGCCCCAAGCCCACAUUGGGUGAGAACCGAGACCAUUACAAUCCCCGACAAGUUCCUGUACUCUGCUGCGGACGCUGUCACAAAGCAGCUGGGCCCCAAGGGGGUCAUAAGAGUGGGGGGAGAGAAAUGGUGGCAAUGGCGCGGGCCGUCCGAAGAGCUGAAGGGGGAGUGGAUUGAGAUGCGGAAUCACUACAAUCAAACGGAGGGGGCCGGUGGGCAUUGUAACCGUGUGAUGCUAUAUAUCCAUGGUGGGGCUUACUUCUUCGGAAGUGUCGACACACAUCGGUACAUGCUGCAGCGCCAUGCGCGCAAAUUGAAGGGACGUGUAUUUGCACCGGAGUAUCGACUGUCGCCGCAGUUCCCUUUCCCUUGUGGCCUGCAUGAUUGCAUGGCGGCUUACCUCUGGCUACUCAAGUUCUAUGAACCAAAAGAAAUAAUUCUGGCUGGUGACUCUGCGGGUGGAGGCCUGGCUCUAUCGAUGCUGGUCAUCAUGAGAGAUCAGGGUAUUCCCUUACCCGCAGGCGCCAUCUUGAUUUCGCCUUGGGUUGAUUUGACACACUCUUUCCCGAGUAUUGUUGAGGAUAACCCAGGCGAUUAUAUCCCUCCCUAUGGCUUCCGCCAUAAACCCUCACCUGCCUGGCCUCCUCCCAAUGCCGAUGAUAUCCUGGAAAUGAAAAGAAUGUCGCGCCAACCAAUAGUGACUGCCGAGGAUGAGACUGCCAUCCGUGGUUAUACUGUCCACGAGGACUCCCCGCCCCCAGCCGAACAUGCCUAUCCUGGCCAGCAGCAAGCCCCGAAUCCUGCUAGUUUGCAAGCCGAACCUGAUAAUAUUCACGUUGUCCUGGAUGGGAAGACGGUCGAACUCAAGGACCAAAUCCAGUUGUACACGACGAACCAACUAAUGUCCCACCCUCUGGUUUCGCCAGCCCUCCAACCCUCUCUAGGUGGCCUGCCUCCUCUGCAAAUAUUGAGCGGCGGUGGUGAGACGCUUCGUGACGAGCAAUUCUACAUCGCCCACAAAGCAGCCAACCCGACAGCAUACCCACCCAGUGACGUAUAUCUCGAUGAGAACGAUCCUACCCGGGAAACCUUGAACAAGUACGAACCAACUUAUGUACAAUUUCAGGUCUGGGACAACCUAUGCCAUGUCGCUCCCACCCUGAGUUUUACGCGACCAGCCAAGUACAUGUUCCGUUCCAUUUCCCAGUUUGGCUCUUGGGCAUUAGCACGUGCACAGAAUGGCGAGGUCGAGAUCGUGGAUGAUAGUGCUCUUUCAGCCGUUUCGUCAAAUAGCUUAAAAGAUGAAGAUGUGCCGGGGCCCCAAACCGCAUUAAACAGCCCGCCUGGCGCACCAGGGCCUUCCUCUGUCGGCAAGGCCGGGGAUCCUCUUCCAGCGUUCCAUCAAUAUAUGAUACGCCAGCGAAUCGAUAAACGAGGGCAUAUACCCCCUGCCCAAAUCGGGGCAAUCAACCCCUCGCUCAUCCGAAUGUGGUUGGACGCAAAGAAGGAAUGGGAUAUCAGAUUUGCAAAGGAGAAACUUCGGGUUCAGAGCCGACGCUUGAAAGAGCUGGCGCAUGGCUUCCAAGAUUUCGACGGCGAAUGUCCUCCCCCGAGCUCUUUGGCCGCCCGACGAGCUGCGCCUGGCGUACUACCCAAGCGACAUGCCAAGAAGAACUACGGCAUGAUGAUGUGGAGCGGAUGGGGAAGCAAGCACGACGAGCGCAGAGUGGAAAUGGAGAAGCGGGCCGAGCAGUCAGGCCGACGUUCCACCCGCGUCAGCACUGAUACUGGGCAGGCUGGAGCAUGGUCUAGCACUCCGGCGACGAAUCCUCGAACUGAAAAAGUCACAGACAAAGAUCUUGCCAACCAAUCGCAACCUAACGGCUACACGGCAGUACGCCGGGAUAAAAAGGAAAACCUCAGUAGCGGUGGUUCUUCUACUGCACGCAUGUCCACAGACCCCGAGACCAUCUCUCAGACUCUCUCGCAGAAAAUCUCCCCGAUGAAAUCCGAUCUCUCCUUAGCUCAUAGCAGGUACCGGCCAUCAUCCGCUGCAGGAUCAGCCGCGGGCCGAAGCGAGAUGCUGUCAGACACUGCCAGUACCGUUGGCGGCGACAAGGACUCCGUCGCCUAUAUGAGCAUGGCACCUGAUACCGCUAGCACCCGCGCUGUGACGGAUGCACGGGGUGUUAUUGCCCCAGUUAUGGCUGGCGAGAAUGGCCGUCGCUCUACAGAUACUCUAUCUGUCUUGUCUGCGGCUGGUCGGGAUUCGAUGUCGCACCGAGAGGUGUCCAAAACCGCCGAGUAA